UUGUUAUUUCCUAACUGUUUCUUUGCAUUACAUUAAAUAAAUAUAUAAUAAUAACAGUCAUUGGUAACCCGUUUGUUGGAUCAAUAAUUGUGCCUGUUUUUUGUUAAAUGCAGUGAAGGAAUUUCAAUUCGAAGAAUUUUGUGGCGGAAUUUCGAUUUUAAUUCGUAGAAAUUUCAAAACAUUAUGGAAGUUAGCAAUCCCACUGAUCCAUCAGCGGCUGCUGUAAAUAUACGUCCAAAGAAUAUUUACGGUUUGCGCACAGAUGUUGUUGGUAAUAUACAUUUUAAUCUAUAUCAGGAAGUUAUUUAUCCCGUGGAGGGCGUUUUGGCAUUCCAUGACUAUGUCAGUAAUAAGCAAAGAUUCCUCAGACUGCCUGAAGGUGUUUAUCCUGAAUAUAUAGCGAUGAGUGUGCAGCGAAAAUUGUUGGCCAUAAUCGAGACGUUGCCGAAAGUUGGCACCUCCAUCUCUAUAUAUGACCUAUCCACAUUGAAGAAACGACGCAGUCUCGCAUUGCCCAAUGCCACAUCCAAGAUUGCAUAUAUGGCAUUCACUUGUGAUGCCAAAACUAUUGUUUUACUAACGAAACCACCCGAGGAGACUUUAUAUAUGUUGAUGUUGGACAAAACAGGCACGGUAAUUGAGGCGAAACCCACUGCUAAUCUUGCCAAGGGCACGGUGGAGUGUUUGGCAUGUAAUCCGCAAGAUCAUAGUCUACUUAGCGUAGCUGGUGAUGGUGCUUUAUUGCUUAUGACCAAAUCGGAAAAGGGUGUCAGUGUGAGCAAUAAUGUUAAAGUCGAUUUUCAUAUCACUUCACUAGCUUACAUUGCGGCCGAUUUGAUAAUGAUUGGCACCAGUCAAAAUGAAUUGAUUCUGAUUGAGAAUGGUGAUAUCAAGCAAAGGCAAAAGGCAUACGAUGCUGAACUCAUCGAUAUCAUAUGGGAUCAAGAUUUAUUGAAUAAAGAGCUGGAACAUAAGAUACCGUCUGAGAAGAAACUUUUCGAUCAGCGAGUUUUAUGUAUGACUGCAUUUCCACGCGGUUUCGCAUUUGCCAUUUUCAAUCAAGUUUUCGUUUUCGAACGUGUCUCUAAAUUCAAAAUGGAACGUAAGACUAUAUUAACAAUACCAAUCGGUUUUGCGUCUGAGCACACGUAUCAGAUAACAAAUGUAGCAAUCUGUUCACGUCAAGAGACCGUUAUUGUGACAACAAAACAUGCACAAAUCUACGUUGGCAUACUGAUUGUGCCGGAGACGUUGAAGACCAAGCAAUUGCAAUUUCAACCGCUUGGCGCUUGGAUACAUCUAUCGGAAAUCACCAGCAUGUCGGUGUGCGCAUGGAAGCCCAUAAUUAUGACGGCUUCCCACGAUCAGACUGUGCGCAUUUGGAAUUACGAAACCGAUAAGGUUGAGUUGGUGCGAAAAUUCCAAGUGGAUGUGAAUAUUGUGGAACUCAAUUCGAAUGGCUUAAUGGCCGCCAUUGGCUUCUCAGAUCAGCUGCGUAUCACACAAAUAUUUAUGGAUGAACUAAAUAUCGUCAAGACAUACAAUUUCCCGCGCUGUAAAGAUGUCAAGUAUUCGAAUUACGGUCACUUCAUGGCUGCCGGCUAUGACAAUAUUAUAAGCAUCACAUCUGUUUAUAAUUUGGAGAUUUUGAAACAACUGAAGGGACAUAAUGGCUUGGUACUUUCACUCGCCUGGUCGGCCACCGACAAGUAUCUUAUAUCGGGUGGUGCUGAGGGUGCCAUCUAUCAGUGGGACGUGGAGACCGGCACACGCGUCCAAGAGAUUGUACAAAAGGGUACCGAAUAUCGUUCGGUCUGCUGUACCUUCAACGAGCCGCUUUCCAUUUAUGCUGCCACGAAUUUCGGUGUACUACGAGAAUUUCAAAAUUCAGAGAUUGUGCGCGAAAUUGUCGUACCGUCCAAAGUGCGUACGCCACUCACAGAUAUGUGCUUGUCACGUUCGGAUCUUAUAAUGUUUGUUGGCAAUGAAUCUGGUGAUUUGUUCAAUGUACAAUUACCCUUUAUGGAUGCGGGUGGUGCCUCCUGUACAUUAUUUCGCUUUUUCACCAGUCAAAUUAACAAACUUUUCUUCUCGUAUGAUGGCACGCUGCUGUUGGCGAUCUCGAAGAAUGGCACUUUAGCAAUAUGGGCUAUGGAUAAUAUUGAAGGUAAAGUCGCAUCAAUGGAUGCUGAUUUGUUGCGCAGCCAAGAGGUACUCAUACCGCGCAAUAUAUUAUUGGAAAAGAACGAACAAAUUGCCAAUUUGGAAAUACGUUUACGUCAACAGGCAGAAGAAUUCCAAUACCAGCUUAGUCAGAAUGAGAUAUUUGAUGGACAGCAGUUGGCCGAGGUGCAUCGUAGUUAUUGCCAGGCACUUGAGGAACUCAAGAAGAAAAAUAAUGAAAUCGAACAGCGACACGCCGAAGAGAUGAACCAGGUCACUUUCCAAAUCAGUGAUUUACGCGAUGAACACAAGAAACAUUUGGAUAACUUAGCAGAUCAGUACUCCGAGCGCAUGUUGAUUGAAUACCAAAAGUUUAACAACUUACGUGAGAGCAUGCUAGCGCUGCGUGAAAAUUAUGAGAAUAAACUAAAGACCUCAGCUGGCAUACUGCAGGAUACGGUGGAGGGUUUGGAAACAGACUACAAACGUCAAUUGGAUGAACGUAAGGAACUAAUACGAGGUCUUAUGAAGGAGAUGCAAGACAAGAAAAUCGAAUUCUUCGAAUAUUGUCGUAGAGUGGAAGAGGAGAAUGAUCGCAACAUGGUGGAAAUGCAAUUGCAGUAUGAGAACAAACUCAAUGCCGAGCAGAACUCAACGCAAUUGUGGCGUGGUAAAUCCGGCGUUUUAGAGAAACGCUAUCAAACUCUGAGCAAUGAUAUUGAGAAAUUACUUGAGGAGGUGGAAACCUUAAAAGAGGAACACAGCAAAUCGCAAAAGAAUAUUACACGUCUGACGCGUUCCAUCGAUGAUUUGCUUAAAGAUAUUUCCGAUCGUGACUAUGCCAUCAACGCGAAGGAGAAACGCAUACAGGAAUUACUGCACAAGAACCAAGAAUUAGACAAAUACAAACAGGUGCUAUCACACAAGAUUGCCGAAUUGAAAGCUCAAAUUGAGCCACGUGAAUUUCAAAUCAAUGACAAGCGUAAACAUAUACUCGAAAUGGAAAAUGAGUUGGAGGGUUUGAAUCAAAACAAUAUACAAUUGGAAUUACAACUAAAGGAGCUUAAGGAUAAGUAUCUAAGUAAUAUGGAAGAGCUGAAGGUGGAACGACACCGCUCGCGUGCGGGUAGAGAAUGUAUUACGGCUAUUUGUAGUGAGAUUUAUCAUGUAGCGGCCUUUGUUGAUUCACCAAAACGUCUGCAGGUAAAAGUAAAAGAGUUAUUUCAACGUCAUGCUAGCGAUGAUGAGCUAAAACGACACAUUUCUUUGGAUGCUGAAGUGCGCGAUGAAUUUCAACGCCAACGUGCGCAAAUUGAACGCAUUUUGAACAUGCAUAAGGAUCGCAAGCCAAGUCAGGACGAGGAAAAGAAGUACCAGAAACUUUUCAAAGAAAACGUGAUUCUUCUCAGUGAAGUGGACAAACUGCGCGAGGAGAAUACACACUUGCGUAAUCGCGUUAAAAAGGAUAUGGCUAGACAAAAGUUUUCUGGGAAAAAGACUUCUUAAAUGCUACUUUAGUUUUUUUGGUUGUUUGUUGUUUGAGCGAUUCGUUCUAAAAAUUUUGAAAAUUGCCUGUG